CGGCUGUCAGUACGGCGGGGAAACGAGGAGAGGCCGCGCAUGCGCAGAAACCAUCGGGUUAAAAAAGAAAAAAAGGAAAAGAGAUUCACUCCAAGCGUCACGGACCGGUGCAGCAGCCGUGCGUUCACAUCACACACACACACACACAGGCACCACACAGACAGACAGAGAGCGAGACACACACACACACACACACACACACAGAGAGAGGGGGAGAGACUGGUACUGAAAAAGUGGAGCAGCAUAACCACCCUUUUCCAUCCUGCAGCCGAAGCAGCAUCAUCGUCCACCACCGACCAACAGCCAACUCAAGGGGGAACAUCAGAAACAAGUGUGAGCUUAGACCAGACUGUCCUCCGGUGUCCACAGUCCCCCCUUCCUCCUCCUCCUCCUCCUCCUCGUCCUGCUCCUCCUCAACAAAAUGUCCGUGGGCAGUGACUUUGGGAAUCCUUUAAGAAAAUUCAAACUCGUCUUUCUGGGGGAACAGAGCGUUGGGAAGACGUCUCUGAUCACACGGUUCAUGUAUGACAGCUUUGACAACACAUAUCAGGCCACAAUUGGAAUUGACUUCCUAUCAAAAACCAUGUACUUGGAAGAUCGAACGCUUUCCCUCUCUGAACCCCAGGUGAGGUUGCAGCUGUGGGACACGGCUGGACAAGAGCGCUUCAGGAGCCUCAUUCCCAGCUACAUACGGGACUCCACUGUGGCUGUGGUGGUCUACGACAUUACAAACGUUAACUCCUUCCAGCAGACGUCAAAAUGGAUCGACGACGUCAGGACAGAGAGGGGAAGUGAUGUCAUCAUUAUGCUUGUCGGCAAUAAAACAGAUCUGGCAGAUAAGAGGCAAAUCACAAUUGAGGAAGGCGAACAGAGGGCCAAAGAGCUGAGUGUCAUGUUCAUAGAGACGAGUGCCAAGACGGGAUACAACGUCAAACAGCUGUUUCGUCGCGUGGCUGCUGCUCUUCCAGGGAUGGAAAGUAUGCAAGAAACAAGCAAAGAAGGGAUGAUCGACAUCAAACUGGACAAACCGCAGGAGCCGCAGACGACUGAAGGAGGCUGUUCCUGUUAAUGUCCUCGUUCCUGAACAACAGCAUCAUUGACACCACGCGCUUGUUCCGUUGCUUCCUGUUGGUUAACCUGCCGUUGACUCUGCACGUUUAGAAUCCUGCCUCCUCACCCGACAACUGGUCACCACGGGGAAUUAGCAAUAUGUGAAUUUAGUUUAAAAAAAAAAAAAAAUCCACCUUUGUUGAUGAAACGUGAGACGUGUCAUGUGGUAAAGAUGAUGUUGCAUCUCAUGUGUUUACAGUAGGAACGUGUGUUUCCCCCACUUUCUGUUUUUAUAUUUGUUUGCAUAUUCAGGGAAAAUCUCUGGAAAAGUGUCAUUUGUGUUGCUGUUUUUUUGUUAAUGAGCCAGAAAGAACAGAUUUUAGUUGUAUUCUAUAUGGAUGUCACUGCUGUCACAGGCAAAGAUGGAGGCCCAACGUUAACCACACCAGUCUGUCACUCCGUCCCUUUGAUUUCAUGCCAACGCACAAACACCUGCAGUCUCAUUCACUGAAACGUGUCCGCCAAUCACAGCCUCGUUAACCCCAGCGUGAGCCGUAAUUAUUGAUAGGACAAACUGAAGAGUAGCUAAUGCAUGCGUAGUUCUUCAGCAUAGAUACCAGUGACUGCAAGUGUACACACACACACACACACACACACACACGUAACAUGUAAAUGACACCACUGACUUCAUGCACUCUUAAGCGUUUGUUUAUGACAACGGAUUGAGACUUAUGAGACUUGUACAGUUGACUUGGGGCGUGUAUGUAUGUGUGUGUGUGUAUAGGCAACAUUAGAAUGCAGAUACUGUAUAUAGACGUCCACUGCCAGGUCGUGUCGUGUCAUUCCUGCCCCACCGCGUGUCCGCGGGUCACCGUUCGUUCGCCGGAUGUCGCACACAGACGCACGCUCACAGUAGUACGAUAUCUUUGGUUGUAGUGAUUAUGGUAAGCGUGCAGAUGAGAGUCACAGAGGAACCACAGCCUGUGUAUAAAAAAUGGACUAAGCAGUCGCAGUUUGCCACCAGGGGGCGACUCUGCUGGUUGCAAAAACGAACCCUGUUAGAAUGUCUGAGGGGAAAUGAGCUUGGACUUCUCACUUGGUCAAACAUUUUGUGAAGUUAAAUGUUUUAAUCGUUAGUUAAAGAUCUCCCUCAAUCGAACAGGAUGUCGAUUUUGUAAAUCGUGUUCACAUUUUGAGCAAAAUGGACGAUAAAUCACGGCACAUGUGAGUGGACGCCAGUGUGAUUGACAGCUGGUGUCGUCCAGUAGGAGCCUGGUGUUGUGGUGCUGGUCAAACUGCAACGUUGAUCAUUUUUAUACACAGAUUAUGUGAGGAGUGAGGAGCAGGAACACGAUCUAAACGUCGUCAACACAAACCAGUCGCCUGAUCAGAUGUUGCCGCUGUACAUUUUUGCAAACCACAGAUGUUCCUUUAAACCUAAAUCAUGUCACUGAUUUACAUAAUCUACAUGUGUAUGUCAACUUGUUUGUUAAGUGGACACUGAGAAUCGAAUCGAGUCAGUGUUCCUCACGUAGCCCAAAUUCACAAAAUCACAGUUUGUCUCGCUGGACUUUAGAGUCUGUACAUGAGGCAACGUCUUCUGUGCCGAGACCCAAGGUUUGAGUAAGAAACACCUCCCAGAGAAUAUUAUUACAAAAUAUUAAUACAUUAUUUCCCCUUUGAUAAGGGGAAAUAAUGUAAGAAAUGUCAGAAAGAGUUAAAGAAGAGACAUCACAGGUGUGUAAUAGAGCAGAGAAACACAAAUAAAAACUGCACUGUCCCCCAAUUCAGACAAUAAUUACAGUAUGCAAGUAGUUGUAUCACAGUGAUACACAUACAAUUAUACUAGUGGUGUAGAACAGGUGUGAGUAGGCAGUAAGAGUCUGCAGAUGAUAACCAGGACUUAAAAAAUUACGUCCCUAAGUCUGAAAUGAGCGUGACAAAAAACACUGGGUAGAUUUAAGAAAAGACAAUGUUUUUCAUUAGAUUGUCAAUAUUCUCUCCAUUAAAAAACACAGUGAAAUUUCAUUUUGCAACAAAUCUCACAUUUGCACAACCAAAAAACUUGAUUGAAACAUUGUGUUCUGAGCUGAAUGUUUCCCACAGUUUGCAUCAACGUAAAAGAAAAAGCAACAGAAUUUUCUGGCAAAAACGUGUGUGCGUGGAACCACUGUCAUUUCCGUCAGAAGACUCAUUUGCACAUGUAGAUAUUUGAGGUGAAUAUAAAGUUGUGAAGAAGCUUCAUCAUAAGUCCCUGUACAGUCACUUCAUUUAGGAGCUGCCUGAUUGUCAUAGAAUGUCACAUGACAUCGUCUUUUGCUGCUUGUGUUUAAACUGACUAUUGAUGAUGUCAUGUUUGUUUGUUUUCUUACCAACGCCUGAUUGAGAAACACUACAUUGAUCUGACUCAUGAAAUGUUCCUGCACUUUUGUAUGUUUUAGAGUUAGUGUGACGGUGUAAGUCUUAGAAACAUGGUUAAAAAUCAUCAUAAUUAUUAUAAUAAUAAUAAUAAUAAUAAUCCAGAACCUUUGAGGUACUGUGUCGUAGAGUAGAAUAAAACAGUCAUGAGUUGUUCACACAUGUACAGAAACGCACUCUUUGAUCCGUCCUCUCACUUAAUGAGUCAAAUAAUAAUAAAAGAUUUGACUUGAACUCACUCCUUCAUGGUUUCAUGCGACUGAAACAGGAAGUUACUGCUGUCGUUACUGACCUCACAGAAAAAGACUCACUGGUUGUUAUUUAUUUUUAAUUGUGGACAAAAUGAUUGAUCAGUAGCUGUAGACGUCGCUCUCUAAUGACAUUCCCUUAAAGAAAUGGACCAAGUUCAGGAGGAGGAGGAGGAGGAGGAGGAGGUCUGCAUUUGAGAACGGAGGCCAUGGCUUUUUCCUGAUGGUGUGUGUGUGUGUGUGUGUGUUCUGUCACAGCUCUGUGCCGCAGAACUGACACUCCAUUUACCCUGUACAGAGAUCCAGCAUGUCUCUCCUUAAACGAUUAAUAAAGAUGUCUUAUUACCAAACA